AUGUCGACCACGAUGGUUACAGACAAAUUGCACCCCGUACCAAGCAGUUCGGCGUUGCCCACAUACUCCUCUGCAAUGGGGAUUGAGCUCACAGAGAUCUCCCCAUCAACAUCAUCUUCCUCCAGCCUCGCGCCGCCUGCCUACGCCCAAGCCACGACUAUCGUCCCGCGGGAUUCAGAAUCCGCGCCUGACGGUGAAUUUUCAGAGCCCGCGCCCUCAGAAGACGCCCUCUUCACCCCCACGGUUCACUUUCAAAUGGAAACCAACGGAAAGCAAUGGCUCUCGCUCCCCAUCGGCACGCGCCCAGACCCGAUCGCUGUCUACCGCGUCGAAGCGGGAUGUUGGAGCGCCGAGUCGGUCCCGGCGUACGUCUCCCUCCGCUUCUCGCGCAACGACGGAAGCUGCCACCUCGUGCGGGGCGAGGACGCCUCCCAGACGCCGGUGUGCACGACGCUCUACCGCUUCGGGCCGGGAAAACCUCCCGUCUUCCGACCAUCGACGUCCCUCACACCGCUGCGCGCACCGGCACCCGCAUCUACUUCUUCCUCCUUUUCUUCUCCUUCUUCUUCGACGCUGGUAUCCCGAAGAGAAGAGGAGGGUGGCGGCAGCGGUGGCGAGCCGGAGAAAGGUGCAAACCUCCAGAUCGUCUCCAAGUCCCUCACCUCCCGCACCCAGGUCCUCAAGACGCCUUUGGGCACCUUCCAGUGGCGCUACGCCACGCGCAAAGAACGCGCCGCCGUGCAUGGCGCCGAUGACCUGCUCGUCUGUGAGCUCGUGCGGUCCGUAGCACUGCCGGGUGGAAAGAAGACGGAGGAGAGCAGGAUGAGGAUCGCGCAGCUUGUGCGUGGGAAGGAGACGAGGACGCAGGGGACCGGGCGGACGACGGCGGGGAACGGGGGUCGGUUGAUGGUCGACGUGAUGAGGUGGGCUGAGUCGAAGGACGGCGGGAGGGAGGCGGUCGAGGUGCUCGUGGUCGCGAGUUGCAUAUGCAUGUUGAAGAAGGAGGUCGACCGGAGGAGGAUGCAGCAAAUGAUGAUGAUUGCGGCUGGGGCUUCUGGAGGGGCGUAG